AUGGAAAUUCAGAAAUUUCAUUUGUUGGACAAGAGCAUUGAUGAUAUCUGUCCAACCAGAGUUUUAAACACAUUCUGUAAAUCAAUUAAGAUAGUUUUAGGAAAGAUUAAGAGAGAACUUCCAGAAUCAAUCAUUGCAUAAUUAUCAACUCUAAAAACUCCAUUCAUGUCUAUUAAUUAUGAUGGGAUGAUCAAUUGUUCAUAAAAAAUUGACAAAUCUUAUCUCUUUAUUGAAUAAACCCUCAUCAUAACCUCCAAAUGUGAUUUGAUGAUUAUCGAAUAGAGUUUUCAAAAUUAUACACUUAAUGUAGUUUAUUAAUUGAUUCAGAAAUGA